GCAACUGGCGAAAGGGAACACACUAAAGGGUUGUUGUGAGUUGAAUGAAAUAAGUGAUUCGUGUCCGCGCUCGGACAUUAAUUUCUGAUGCAUGUUUUCCUUUUCUUAAGCAAAUGGCGACAGCUACAAACCUCACGCCUCCAAACAGAAGACCGAUGAGUACCGAUAGCAGCAGUUCCAGUAGAAUAUCUUCAGUUCAGAACAUCAAUGAGUGUGUGCCAAGGUGUCAUAAGGAGAGCGAUCUUGAGAAAGUGGAUGCACUGACUUAUGACAAACCCAGUGACUCUGGUGAAUUACAUUUUCCAAAUUUGGUGGACCUUCGACAAGUUACAGUACUUCCAAAAGCGGAAUGGCAAAGAAUCCAGGAUGAUCUGAAUGGCAUAAAUAGAGAGGCAGAAUUUUUACAUGCCCAAAAUGAAGAAAGAGUAGCCUUGCAUUUAAAAUCUAAAGAAGUGACUAAACACUGGACGAACACCAUUGCAGGUCAAAGACAAAAAAGACUUGAUGCAGGAAAACUACGUAAAGAAGGGGAAGAAGCAGCGAGGCAACAACUAGAUAUAGAGGAAGCAAAGUAUAUGGCACAGAAGAGAAAAGAGAGCCUGGAACAAGCUAGAACCCUGCUUUUCUAUCAGACUGAUAGAGUGAAAGGAUUUAAUGCUGCACUAAUGCUCACAGAAGCCCUGAAAGAACAAGAAGCACAGAUUGAACUAAAGAGAAAAAGAACAAAUCUUCUCAAAAGAGAAGAAAAAACCCAAAUGGAGGAAUUGCAACUUCGAAUUAACUUGGGUGAGGAUGAAGAGUAUCAAAAAAUAAUAAAACAAAAAGAAAAGAGCAAGGCCCUUGCUGUUUUUCAUCAACAACAGAUAAAGGAAAAUGAGCAUCUAAAAGAACAGGAAAAACAACAAUAUAUAAAGGAAGGAGAAGAAAUCAAGAAAUUAGCAAACCUGUAUCAAUGGGAGCUCAAUAAAAUUGAACAACUAAAGAGGCAAGAGAAAAAUAACAAUAUGAUGAAUCAUAAGGCACAUGUUGCGAAUAUGAACAUCAUUAAAGCACUGGAAAAGCAAAAGGAAGAAUUGCAGGAUGAAGAUAUCAGGUUAUUUGUUUCAGCAAAACAAAAAAUGUUAAAGCUUAGGAAAAAAAAACAAGCAGAAAUUGACAAGGAGAAAGAGGAUCAUAGAAAACUGAUGAUAAAGAUAAUAAGUGAACAGAUGAAAGAGGAAGUACAGGAUGAAAUGCACCGCAUUACCAAGGCUGCACAAGAGAUGGAAGCUAAAAGAGAAAUGGAAAUAAAGGAAAAGGAAGAAAAAAGAAUGGCAGAUUUGAAGGCAAUUAAAGAACACAGAAUUAUGAUGAUGAAAAGACGUGAGGAGAAGGAAAAGGAAGAAAAAAUACAAGCAAACAAAAUUCUUCAUGCCAAGAUAGAAGCAGAUUAUUUACACCUGGAGCAAGAAAGGAAAAAAAAGCUAAAAGCCCUAGGAGAGAAUGGGAGUGUGCAAUCCUUCCUCAUUGAACAAAUGGCUGAAAAAAAAGCUAAGGCUUUACGUAAUCGUGCUGCUGAGUUGGAACAUGAACAAAAACACAUGGCUUUACUUGAAAUCGAAAAGAAACAAUUUGAAGAGUAUGCACAGCAAGUUAUUGACGCAGCUGGAAAAAAAGGCCGAAAUAUCUAUCCACUUCUUAAAGCUGCUCACCAAGGAAUUGGUGGUGGACAUGGUCCUGUGCUUACAGAAAAAGGUGGAAUUAGACCUAGUUACCAACUCAAGGACACCUCUGGAAUUCAACUUCCAAAUUAUAAACGUAGUACAACUGAGGCAGUUAAGAACAUACGUGAUAAAUGUGAUAUUGAGAGAUCCAAGAAAUCGCUAGGUUUUAUAUGGUAAAAGCUUUGAAAAUUACUAAUUACAAAUUGAUUUUCAUUUUUACAAAUAUUAAUGAAAACUAUAAUUAAUCUUUCUGUAUGAUCAUCUGCACAGAUUUAAUAUAAUUAUUCUAUUGCAUGCACUUGAAACUAACAAAAUGUUUGAGUACCCAUUCCAGUAGUGUGUUUCACGGAGAGAUUUAAGUAUAAUAUCAAACAAUGAUUGAAGUAUAAU